AUGCAGCUUUGGGAAGCCCACGACAUCACCGUGGAGGGUACGAAGCAGGUGUACCUUGAUGGUGGUCUGUGGCACAAUAACCCUAUCCGGAUCGCCAACAGUGAAGCGGCAGCAAUAUGGCCCGAAAAUAGCCAUGCCCAUCCAGAUAUUCUGUUAUCCAUUGGUACAAGAUACCACGAAUCCGAGAUCCACGCGAAUAAUGGUACUCAGGUUUACUUGGAACAGAUCAUGAGCGAAGCCGUACCUGGAGCUCAAAGUGUGAAGGAGAAGGGCUUCCUACGGGGUAUCGCGGAGACCGGCAUGAACCAAUUUACGAGUAGUCUCAACAGCGAGAGGAUUUGGCACGAGUGGCUAGAAGCAAAGUCACCAUGCCCUGAAUUCGAGUCCCGAUACCAUCGCGUCAAUGUUGAGUUUAGCCGAGUCGUACCGAUGGAUACUCCGACGCUUGAUGUAUACAAUUGUCGUCGAGAGGCUGCCCAGAAACUUCCAGAUGAUCUUUUUGAGUCUAUUUCUGAUCAACUCAUAGCGUCAUGUUUCUUUUUCAGAAUCGACAGGCAGGCUACGCCUAGACAUCCAAGAGAGGUAUACCAGUGCCAUGGUGUAAUCGAAUGUCGUCUACAGCCAGAGAACGUUAAGAUUCUCGGACAACGUUUUGAGGAGACGCACGUCAUGCACAAGUUACCUUUCUUCACCAUUAAGGAAACUCACAAGAACGGUCCAGACCCUGUCAGUUCUGUUUCUAUUGAGAACACAAUACUUCAGAUGAAGGAGGAAGGGAAGUUCCAGAUACCUGUGACGAUCGACGUCACGAGCGAACUUGCAGAAACGGAAAUUCUCCUCCACAUGCGACAGAAGGGACAGGUAGUCAGUAGCUUACCAAGAAAGUUAAAAGACGAUGAAGAUGAUGGUGUCUAUGAGGCUGUUGAAAAACGACACGACCCAGGGUCACGCUUCCGGCCCGUAAUGAAUUUACUACUAAGACGCACUUCCAAUGAAGCAUCGUUGAGUGCCACAGGAAGUGAUUCAAGCUCGAAGCGACGUCCCACCUCCUCGCUUAGGAAGAGUUGGAUGGAAGGGAACACAAAGUAG